UAGACGAUCUUCGAUACCGGCGUCCACUUGGCAAGGGUCCGAUCAUUACCUUAAACCUACUUGACUCAGUUUGAGACCUGGAUGCUUGUCUCUUAGCAAGUCCACUAUUUAUGCUGCUGUGUGUUUUAUUUGUUUAAAGACUGUAGUUAAUGAUUUAAGGUUCUUGUGGACACCUGGCUGGACGUUAAGGGAUUCAAUAACAUGGACGCAUUUGUAACCUGAGGUGACACAACUCACCGCCUGCUAAUGGCUAACUCACAUAGCUAGCUAAUAACGUUAGUGGAAAAUGUGUCACGCUGACUAAAGAAUGCGACAGCCUUACUGGACAAUCUUCACAUCUUAAACUGAGCUAGUUAUACUACCUUAUAUUUAUUCCUUUAUCUACGAGCCGCAAGAGACCGGAAGUAAGUUCCUUCAGGAUAAAAGUGAGCGUACAAAAUUGAUUAGAAUAUUGCUAUUUGGUGAAGUAAUUUCUGCCACAUUCUGAGUGAGCUUUAAAUACCCGGAAGGAUUCUGGCAGUAUGUAUGUUGUGUUUCUGAACGUAAGACCUCGUCGAAGCUUUGAUAAGAUUUCCGGCAUUUACCUCUAAAUUGCUAAUCACUCAGAGUUGUGUUUUGAAAAGCCAGUUUCUAUCUGGGAUAAUUUAACACUGGUAGUACUUGUCAUAACUCCCUGUAUCCCGCCUUGAUAACAAGCAUGGGUAUCAAAGCAUGUGUGAGCUGCACUGUUUUAUUCAUCCUGCUGGAUGUUGCCAUCACCACUCUCCUAUACACACAUGGAUUACACUUAAUCAUAUUCAGAAAGGAUGCCUUGUACUUUAACAUCCUCCAGUCAGCAUUGGAUCUCUGGGGGACCGUGCUGCUCCGAGCCUCACUUCUUCUGGGAGCCUCCAUAGGUGUGUCAUGGAACAAGGAGGACGGCCCAACGAGGGUCGCUACACUCACCACCCUCAUUCUUCUCAUCUGCCUGAUUGUCAUCACCUACGCCCUUGCCAAGCUGCUGAUGCUGACUGAGCUGGAGCCUCUGACACAGCAGCCCUGGCUUUUGAGCCUGAUAUGCUGGACUUGUGCCUCCUCCCUGGGUGUCAUGCUUCUCUGGAGGCUGCUGGGGAAGGAGCCUGGCUCACUGAGCAGUCACAAUAGCCGCAGCAGCAGCGGCAGAGCAGUUGGAGGCUCCGAGGACACUGAGAAGCUGGUGGGGACAGCUAGUGAGGAGGAGCGGGAGGUGGGGUGUGAGAGGAAGAAGCAUAAGGAGGAGGGAAGCCAGGAGAAGGAGAAGACCAGCUCUGGGGCUACAUUGGGACGUUUGAUAACCUUCUGCAGGAAGGAUGGUGGGCUGCUGUCUGUAGCUGUCCUCUUCCUCCUCAUCUCUGCUGUGUGUGAAGCCUUCAUACCAUACUACUAUGGGAGGGCCAUAGACAGCAUUGUGGUUCACCAGAGCAUGGAGUACUUUGCUAAGCCGGUCAUAACACUGGGAGUACUGGCUUUAGCUAGUUCAGUUGCAAUGGGAGUGCGUGGAGGCGUCUUCACGCUGACCUUUGCUCGAUUAAACCUUCGGCUCAGGAACCAUCUCUUCAGAACUCUGAUGAGGCAGGAAAUUGCCUUUUUUGACGAAAAUCACACAGGUGACAUCAUUUCACGUCUGUCAGCUGACACCACCCAAGUGAGUGAUCUCAUCUCCCAGAAUGUCAACGUCUUCCUGAGGAGCACCAUCAAGGGUGCUGGCUUCUUCAUCUUCAUGUUUGGGAUGUCCUGGAAGCUCACACUGGUGACCAUCAUGGGAUUUCCUUACAUUGCCCUCGUCUCUAAACUUUAUGGAGAAUACUACAAGAAACUGACCAAAGAAGUGCAAACAACUCUUGCAGAGGCCAAUAAAGUUGCAGAAGAAACCAUUUCAGCCAUGAGAACAGUGCGGAGCUUUGCUAACGAAUGUGGUGAGGCUGACUCCUACUACGCCAAGCUCUUGGUCAUGUUCCAGCUCAACAAAAAGCAAGCAGUGGCCUAUGCUUGCUACAUGUGGUCCAGUUGUAUUUCAGAACUUGCCUUAGAGGUUGCAAUCCUCUACUAUGGUGGUCACCUUGUGGUUACUGGUCAGAUGAGUAGUGGUGCCUUGAUAUCUUUUUUUAUAUACAUGCUUGAGCUGGGAGAAUGCCUAGAGAGCAUUGCAUCUGUGUACACGGGCCUUAUGCAGGGAGUGGGAGCUGCUGAGAAGGUUUUUGAGUACCUUGACAGGAAUCCCAAACACUCAGCUGAUGGCACAGAGGCUCCAGACACAUGUACUGGUUUGGUUGAAUUUAAAGACAUCACAUUUGCCUACCCAGCACGCCCUGAGAUUGAUAUUCUCAAGGGAGUGUCAUUCACCUUGCGGCCUGGAGAGGUCACAGCCCUCGUGGGACCCUCAGGCAGUGGAAAGAGCUCCUGUGUGAGUCUGGUGGAAAACUUCUACCUGCCUCAACAAGGCCAAGUGCUGCUGGAUGGAAAACCUGUUCACACCUUUCAGCACAACUAUCUCCACUCCAAGGUAGCUCUUGUUGGUCAAGAGCCUGUGCUGUUUGCCCGGACGGUUGAGGAAAACAUCACCUACGGCCUGAGUGACGUCCCCAGAGAGGAUGUGGUGCAGGCUGCCACCAAGGCUAAUGCUCAUGACUUUAUCACCACCCUCCCCAAAGGCUAUGAGACAAAUGUUGGAGAGAAGGGCACCCAGUUGUCAGGGGGGCAGAAACAAAGGGUGGCCAUUGCAAGAGCUCUCAUCCGCAACCCACGUGUUCUUAUCUUGGAUGAGGCGACCAGUGCUCUGGAUGCAGAGAGUGAGCACAUCGUUCAGCAGGCUCUGAACAACAUCAUGCAGGAGCGCACAGUGCUGGUGAUCGCCCAUCGGCUCAGCACAGUGGAGAAAGCAGACAACAUCAUAGUGAUCGACAGGGGCUGUGUGGCUGAACAGGGCCCUCACAGUCAGUUGAUGGCCAGCGGGGGGCUCUACUGCAAGCUGGUGCAGAGGCAGGUCCUGGGCAUAGAGACAGGGGCGGAGGUCCUAAACCCAUCCGAAAACCUCAGCUGGAAGUCCGAUGGAGGGCGUCAGCGGAGAAGACGAAGCAGCAGCAGCGCCAGCGAGUCUGAGUGCAAUGUUCGCUACUGAGAGUGAACGGCAGGGUGUGGAAAUGGGAUUGGACGGCUGCUCAAACCAUUCUCACUGCAGACGAUAUUCUGUAGCUUCAACAGAAUAUAGACCCCAUAACACUAAAAUUGUUCCAGUGAAAUCCAGAACCUUGAUAUAUUUUAAUGAAGAGUUUGAUCAAAUUAUCACAUCAGAAUUGGUUCAGGAGAAGAUCCACUUAGAUAGAUGAACUGAUUAGCAUUAUUAAGUUAUAAAUAUAGAGUCGAAUGUAUCAAAACAUAUCAAAAAAGGUGAGAAUUGCCAUCGGCAAUAAAACUUGAAUGAAUCAUCGAUGUGGUCAAUAACUGGUAUAUUAGCUUUAAGAGUAGACAAUAUGUUACCCUUGAUGUACUGUAUAACAUUGUGUGUUUGUACUUUUGAAUACCUCAUCAUCUCACUCCAGAAAGAGAUUGUUGUUUUUGUUUUUUUCCCCAGGAUUCUAUAGUGAUUUUGCAGAAACGGGUGUGGAAAUGCUUGGUGUUUCUUUUCAAGGUGGUUAAAUUAUAUAAUUUGUAAUUCCACAAGUAAGCAGUGUAGUGAUUACAAAGAAAAGACAGGUGUCUAUGGCUGUGGAAAUGAUGCACUAUAGAGUAAUAGUAGGAUUGUCAGUGAUAAAGUUACAUCAAUUAAUGGCACUACACGUACAUAAUGUAAUUGUAUAAAUCGCUGUAAGUGAACACUGUAAAAAUAUACUGCAUGUAGUCCUUCAUGGUUACAAACAUGUUGGAUUAAUGCCAUAUGCUACCUUCGCUAUCUUCUGGUAAACCCCCCGUUCGGUUUUCAGAUAAUAGAAACAUGGGCAUACUAUGUAUCAAAUUUCUAAGGUUGGUGCAAUAUCGCUUGGCUGCAACUAAAGCUGAAAAAAUUAGUCGAUUAAUUGAUGAGUUGAGAGAAAAUUAAUCUGCAACUAUUUUGAUAGUCGAUUCAA